AUGCUUACGGUAACGAAGAAUUACUCUAUGAGUUGGGCGAGACUUGCACCCCGGGCGCGCUACAUUACAUACUUGCACAGCGGAAGUAGAGUGCGCGGAAUAAAAAGGGAUCCGGCAGAAUAUUUGAGGUUGCCCAGUGGGCUUUCAUACACAGAUUUACAACCCCAAUCAUACCACGAUAGAGUGCGUUCAGAGCUAAACUUGUCGAGUCACGGUAUAGAAUUAUCAAACGAGAUUAUCGUGCAAUGCUUAACGCACAAAUCCUUCGCCCACGGUUCCAAACCGUACAACGAAAAGUUGGCAGCUCUUGGUGCACAAUUCUUGAAAUAUCAUGCAUCCGUCCAUUCGCUAAAGAGUCAAGAUGCUGAUGUCGCAAAGGGUAAUGCUUCUGUCAGGAUCAAUAUAAAUGGGUUAAAUUUCACCAACUUGGGAACUCAGUUCUCUAAACAACUCAUUGCUAAGCAGACGACUGCUAAAUUUAUUAAGGCCAGGCAGCUGGAUUCCCUCGUCUUCUGGAAGAGAAGAGAUCCCCUUAAGAAUGAUGUUUACAAUGGUGAAAGUUCAGUAUUAUCGAGUGUUCUGAACGCCAUCGUAGGAGGGAUUCUUACAACAAAUGGUCCUCAAAAAGCAGCCGCAUUUAUCGAAAAGGAACUAUUGAAUUGUGAGAAAGAGGUUUCGUUAAUAAACAUUGCUAAUACCUCGAAUUAG